UCAACUACCUCUCUCAUGGCUCCUUCUUCUUCUUCCCUUUCUUUCUUCCUUAUAAUAUUGUUAGCGUGCAUUAUUGGCAGCACCGCCGCAUGCUACACCGCCAUCUUCGGCUUCGGAGAUUCCCUCACCGACGCCGGAAAUCUCAUUCACCUCGAGACUGACGGCUCCGUUCCCCACAUGUACUACCCUCCUUAUGGAGAAACCUUUUUCGGCCAUCCCACCGGCCGCUGCUCCGACGGCCGCGUCAUCCUCGAUUUAAUCGCUGAGUAUUAUGGACUAGCGAUUCCGCCGCCUUCGCUCAGCCGUAAAGCUCAAACCGGCGGAGAUAAUAUCCAGCAAGGGGUUAACUUCGCGGUGGUGGGAUCGCGUGCACUGCCGGCAGAAUUCUACGAAAAGCUAGACAUUUAUGAUACCGUCACCAACGUCUCCAUGAAUGACCAAUUGCAUGCGUUCCAAGAUAUGAUUCCAUCGCUCUGCAACUCACCUUCGGAUUGCAAGAACUUGUUGGAGAACUCUUUAUUUGUGUUAGGGGAAUUUGGUGGCAAUGACUACACUCACUCACUUUUAUCUGGAAAAAAUAUUAGUGUCAUCCAACCAUUUAUCCCUAUUGUUGCCCGUGCCAUUGCUGAGGGUGCACAUAAAUUAAUAGAGUUAGGUGCUAGAACUGUAAUGGUCCCAAGCGUGCUCCCACUUGGAUGUGCGGCUUCUUAUUUGACAUAUUACCCAAGUCCCAACAUUGAAGACUAUGACGAUUUGGGGUGUCUCAUUUGGGUCAACAAUAUGGCUUCAUAUCACAACCAAUUGCUUCAGAAAGAGCUCAAUCUUCUGCGAGAACGACAUCCCUAUGCUAAUAUUAUUUAUACUGAUAUUUUCAAUGCAGCCAUGCAAAUUUACGACGGUCCAGAAACAUUGGGAUUUUCGGGAGGUGCCUUAAAAGCAUGUUGUGGUGGGGGUGGUCCCUACAAUUUCAAUCCUGAUCUUCAAUGCGGAAACGUGGGGGCAACUAGCUGCCUAGAUCCAUCUACAUUUGUCAACUGGGAUGGGUAUCAUUUAACGGAGACAGCUUAUAUACUUAUAACCAAUAGUUUAUUGGACGGCUCAUAUACCUAUCCUCGUAUGAAUACGUUAUGCCCUGUGAAUGCUAAGGUUGCCCAACUUUAACCAUGCUUAAUUCACUAUAUAUGUCGUUCGGUUAGUGGAAACGAGUGUGGUUUUAUUUUAAAGAUUAAAUUAGCAUCUCGGG